GAAACUAGAAGUUGUUAAAUUCUGUGACAAAAUUAUUUAAAAAUAUUUUCUGCCAUUUUCCUCUCUUCCAAACGGAAUAUUGAAAAAAGAUAUCAUUUUUGCCUCUAUCUCUCACUUACAAGGCCAAAACUUCACUGUGAUUUAGUAGAGAGAGAGAGUGAUGAACGACCUCUCAAAUGCUUCUUCAAUCCAGAGCCAUUGCUACAGUUGCAAGCCAAUUCCAUCGCAAGUUCUCUAUGUUCUGGUGCCUCUCUUCUUCACCGGCUUGGCGGUCUCAAUCUUCAUCCUCAUUGCUGUUCACAAUGCCUUCUUAUUCGUCUCUCUCCUCUGUCUCUCAGCUCUCGUCGCUGCUUUUCUCAUCUGGAACACCGUCAACUGGAGGCGGAGCAGAGCGCUCUUUUGCUAUCUCCGUUCUUUCCCCGACUCCGACCUCCGCCUCGCUCGUCACGGCCAGCUCGUUAAAAUUACCGGGCUAGUAUCAUGUGGGAACAUCUCCCUGGAAUCUUCAUACGAAAAGGCUACCCGAUGUAUUUAUACAUCUACUCUUUUGUAUGAAUACCCAGGACUUGGUUUGAAGCUUGCAGAUGCUAAAGUGCCAUGCUUUGGAUGGGGGUUAGCAUAUUGUGAGAGGUUCUCCACAGACUUUUACAUCACUGAUAGUAAGUCGGGCAUCAGAGCUUUGGUGAAAGCUGGCUCAGGCUCAAGAGUCACUCCCCUGAUCGUUGAGAGCAGACUGGUAAACACCACAAGAAAAUGCAGAUUUCUGUCUUCUCACUUCAAGAAAUGGCUAGCAGAGCGAAACAUCUCAGGCCAAGCUCGUCUAUUGCGUCUAGAAGAAGGGUAUGUCAAGGAAGGCAGCUCCAUGGCUGUAAUCGGAAUGUUGCAUAGAGAUAAUGACGCAUUGAUGAUUGUUCAACCCCCGGAGCUCCUCUCUACAGGAUGCCUAUGGCGAAAGCUUCUUCUCCCAGUUGAUAUUGAUGGGGUGAUUCUGGGUGUUCCUGAGAUGGUUGGCCCAGUGGCCAAUCCCCCAAGUUCCAUGCAACAAUGGGAACAUUAACUUGACCUUAUAGAGGAAUAUAGGUGUAGGAUAUAUUUUUUUUUUUGACAUUCUUUUUCAGCUGCUUGUCACGGUCUCAGGCCCAUGGGAGGGUCAUUUGGAGCAUGUAGUGACAUGCUGCUGCUAAUUAUCGUAUGCUCGAGCACAAAAAGAUACAAUCUAAAGCAAUUGAUUUUCAAUCUUGGCCUGGUUGAUGGUACGCCUACCAUGGUAUUUUCUCAACUUCCA